UACACCAUCAGGCCAGCAGGGGGCAGCAGCAGCGAGCUAGAGGAAGCUACACCUUCCGGGUCACACAGGCGACAGGUGGAUGUUGUUUUGCAGCGGCUCAAGUUGAUCUCUUGCUUCUCCUGUCGACCCCCCCAUGGCCUCAAGGCGACCGGACAGCUUCGAUGGGCUCGUCUACCGCGGCCGAGAUGAUCCCAAUUACGGAGCGGGCUACUCGCUGCGGAGCGCCGGCGGCCCCGCGGAGUCGCAGCAUCACCAUUGGGUCACCACGCCGCCGGACAUCCCCGGUAGCCGCAACCUGCACACAGGAGAGCGGACGCCCUUGUACGACGAGCCCCCGGGGGAGUCCGGAGUUGCUCGGGAGUGGGACGCGGCGCAGCCUGGCGGGGCGCCUGCUGAACAGCUGAAUCGCGUGGCUGGUUUCGGGAUCGGGCUUGUCAGUCUGUUCACAGAGAACGUCCUGACUCAUCCCUGCGUGGUCUUCCGCCGACAGUGUCAGGUCAACUAUCAUGCACGCUGCUACCACCUGACGCCAUUCAGCGCCCUCGCCGUCAUGUACUCCAUCAGCAAGGCCCAGGGUCCCAAGGCGCUGUGGAAGGGGAUGGGCAGCACCUUCAUCGUGCACGGCGUCAUGCUGGGAGCGGAGGGCGUCAUCAGCGAACUCACGCCAUUACCACGGGAGAUUCCUCACCGCUGGAGCGUAAAGCAGCUGGCGGCUCACUUCCUGCUCAAAGGCUUGACCGCUGUGGUCGCACUUCCUUUCUACUGCUCCAGCCUCAUCGAGACCGUGCAGAGCGAGAUCGCACAAGAUUCAUCAUCGGGUCUGCUCGACUGCGUGCGUGAAGGUUUGGCUCGCCUGCUGGGUGUGGGCGCUCCUCACAGUCGCCGCCUGCUUCCUCUCAGCUGCCUGCUACUUCCUGCCCUCGCACACGCUGUCCUGCGUUACGCCAUCGCCGCCUCGGUGCAGCGUGUCGUGCUCUGGCUGCACCAUCGCAACAAGAAGUGGCGCCACAGCCCGUCCGACCCGCUGGAAGCCCACUUCCCCGAGCUGGCGGCGGCGUGGCUGGGAUCGCUGGUGGCGGACGUGGCAGUGUUCCCGUUGGAGACGGCGCUGCACCGCCUCGGCCUGCAGGGCACCCGAACCAUCAUUGAUGCCACCGAUGGGGUGAUGGUGGCGGGAAAUGGCGGCAGCCCACUCGUGCUGCCUGUCAACACGCAGUAUGACGGCUUUGCCGACUGCCUCCAUGCCAUUCGACGCAAGGAGGGCUGGCCGGGUUUUUACCGCGGCUUUGGAGCGCUGGUGGCGCAGUUUGCGCUGCACGGCAUCUUGCUGGCUGCCGCCCGGACACUUCUGAGGCUGCUGCUGCUGGAGGCCAAGGUCAGCUAGAGGCUUGCCAUACAAGAUGCAACAUCCUGGGCCUCUCACUGUCACCAUGGCAACAAGAAUAUAGCGAUAUAAUGUGCUGGCGGUGAUCACAUUGCUAGCGUAGUUUAGCCUAGCACAAAGACUUGUGGAAACAUGAUGUCACUUCCUGUCUGUGUAUGCAUGAAGCCAAUAACUUGUUCAAUUGUCACGAAACAAAAACCUUUUCAGACCAAAAAUCUGUUUUUGUGGAACAUUUUGCUGUCUAUAUGAAAUAACAAUAAA